UUAUUUAUAUUUAACACUUCUAUUCCGACAAUUCAGCUCUGUUCCGAUUCAUGUUUGCGGAAGUUGUCAUUUCUGAUCCAGAAGCAGUUUCGGGAUGCCCCCACAAAAUUUCAUAGGGAGAUAAAAACGUCAGCCGGUCCAGGAUCAGUCUGUCACGUAGUUAAUAGAUGUGUUCAACACAGCGAAUGGUCGGCCAGCGUGUGCAAGUGACUUGAAGUAGAUGCAUUAGAUCAAAGUCAGCUCUUUAAACAUGCCGUUAAAGUUGACCACUCAAGCGUACAGCAAGAUGCUCCUGCACGCCGCUAAAUAUCCACAAUGCGCCGUUAACGGGCUGCUGGUGGCCGAGAAGCAUAAGAGGAAGGACGGUGCGAGAGACGCGGCGCUCUGCGUUGACUGCGUGCCGCUUUUUCACGGGCCCCUGGCGCUCGCGCCCAUGUUGGAGGUGGCACUCACACUGAUUGACACAUGGUGCAAAGAGAACAAAUAUGUCAUUGCUGGUUAUUAUCAAGCAAAUGAACGUAUUAAGGAAGCCAGACCGAAUCAGGUAGCUGAGAGGGUCGCCUCCAGAAUCUCUGAAAACUUCAGUGAGGCCACAAUGAUCAUGCUGGACAACAGCAGGUUUACUAUGGAUUGUUUUGUGCCUGUCCUCCUCAUCUAUGAUCAUCAAGACAGCAAGUGGAAGUGCAGAGAGCAGAGCACUGACUGCUUUGAGGAUUGGCUAGAGGCACAGAAAAUCACCUCAGCUCUCUUAGAGAGCAGGUCGUAUGAAAAUCUUGUAGACUUUGACAACCACCUGGAUGACUUGAGAAACGACUGGACAAACCCUGAAAUCAACAAAUCUGUGCUACAUCUAUGCUGAAGCUGCACAGAAGUCCACUUCACCCAACAAACCCAUCAACAUUUAACGAGGAUGCAUGUGUGAACUCGAUACAGUACUGUUAACAACAUUCUCUUUCACUUGGGAAUAAUAAACUGAACGGAACGGGACGCUGUGUCCUCACUUUUGACAUCAAUGAUGUCACCCUGUACCAGGGGUAAAGAAUCUUAGUCUUGGAGGGCCAUUGUCCUGUAGAGGUUAGUGCCACCCAGCUCUAACACACCUGGCUUGAAGUUUCUAGUAAUCCUGAAGACCUUGAUAAGAUGGUUCAGGUGUGUUUGAUUGGGGUUGGAUCUGAACUCUACAGGACAGUGGCCCUGGAGGACCAAGAUUGGCCACCCCUGCCUUGAACUAUAGGAAUCCAAUGUCAGAAAGGAUUUAUACCUGUUUUCAUGCAGUAGUUUGUAUAAUAUUCAUGUACAAUUUUGAAUGCUACAAGUUAUUUAUUUAAUUACUUGCUGAAUAUAACACAUUUUAAAGUAUUUCAAAACCGAAUGGUGUUUUGGAAGAGUUUAGUUUGAUUUUAAGGUAUUGGUCAGUUCCUCAGUUUUCUUAAGUACUUAAAGUGGAAGUUCACCCAAAAAUCAACGUUGUGUGAUUUUUUUUUAACCUCUCCCGCAUGACGUUAAACAUGUUUAACGUGAUCUCGUGAACGCGCACCAUACACUGACAAGACAGAGGAGAAUAUAUUGAUUAAAGUCGGUAUUUUGGUUUGUUUUUCACACAUAAAGCAUUCUCGUUGCUUCAAAAAAAUUCAACUGAGUCACUAUGCGCGGAUGGACCAAUUUAACGAUGUCUUUAGGACUUUUCUGGACCUUGGCAAAAACAGACACAAUGAUGUCUAUGAGGAUGCCUGGAAAUCUCUCGCAUGUCACCUAAAUGUCUGUAUUUGUGCUCCGAAGGCGCCGGAAGUUCUCUAAACAUGUUUAAUGUCAUGUGGGUGAGUUAAAAAAUCACACAAAGUUGAUUUUUGGGUGAAAUUCCCCUUUAAAAGCUGACAUGACAGUAAUUUCUCCAUUUGAUUCUUCUGUCUGUAGAAGAAAAAAAAUGUUUAUGGUGAAUGAGGGCUCAAACUAAAAUCAAAAUAUUUUUAGCAGAGAAAAUUUUAAGAAAUAAAAUGUAGACUUUUAAGCUUAAAGUGUGUUGAUUAAAAUCAUGAAUAUACCCCUUUGCCUCUUCUCAAAACGUACUGUUUCAUGUUUAGCUGUAAUUAAUCAUUGUAAUUGGCAUUUAUAAUUGGACAUUAAGACACCACAAUUGCCAGACAGUACAGUGCAGACAGACAGAAAACGAUGGGAUGAGAGAGGGGUACAGGAAAGGACCAUGAGCUGGGAUUCAAACUCGUGUCGGCCGCAGUGCUUUUGUGCAACAUGUCAGCACAGUCAAAGAUAAUAGGCUUGUUCGAGUUAACCCAUACUAGCCUGCCACCGACUGGCAAAAUCAGCCGGUUGCAGGUGAGGGAGGAGUAAAAAGAUGGCCGUGAGGUCGGACACUUCGUGCUUCAUGUAGGGUGCUGAACCUACAGCAGACCACGGGAUAUUAAUGUCUUUAUCACGGAUUAAGUGACUAUGAUAGGAAUACCUAUUUUUUUGCAUUAAGAUCAGUACAAUAAACAUCAAAGCUUUCGCAGCCGAUUUUGAGCAACUGCAGCGCCUGACCUAGGCGGCUGGACUCGUUUUGCUGUCGCGGUACUUUAAUGGCACAUGUGAUCUUAACUGCAUUCAGACCACCGCCGUCGAGAGCAUCAAAAAAUGCUCUGACUGCCCUGCCAACAACGCUGUAGAAAGAUUCUUGGGCGAUCAAAAUAUCUUGUAUUUAAAGGGUCCGCAAAGCAAAUAAGCUUGUUGAUCAUGUGCAGACUGACCACAAGGAGGGUAACAUAAGUUAACAUCAUUAAAUAUUUUAAAUGUGAAAGUAAGAAAUUGAUCGGUGGAAAAACUUAAUUGUAAUUACAUGUUUGCUAACGAAAUAAACAAAUUAAAAGCCAUUUGUUUGGUGUUGCUUCUGUGUUCAUGGUUAAGUGUGUAUAUCCCUGUACGCAAACAGGGACACGUCGUAUAUUAUUGGGAAACCAGCCACAGCAGUAAUCUACACCUCAUCCAUUUUGCUUGGGAACUAAUGUGGUCGAACCGAAGUUUACAGGGCUGUGUUCUCUGGAAUCCUCUCAAGCGGUGGACUUCUACGUUCCGAUUGGUUGCCGCCGAACUGUGUCAUAGCUCAAUACCAUAAAGUUGACCUGAUUUCAACUCUCCUCGACGCCCUCAAUGACCAAGACGUGCCGCGCCGCUGCCCAUUGCCGGCUCACAUUGGAAAUGAAUGACUUCCGGCCACUUUGACGCUCUCAACGGCGGUUGCUGCAGCACCGAUCAAAGUCGGACAAAUUGUCUAACCAGAAUGCAUUGCUGUUGUCAGGCGGCUGCAGAUUCUUGCAGCUCCGCAUGAAGUCAAACAAGCCUAUUAUAAAUUGACAAGAUGUGCCACUGCCAUUACAAUGAAUGGAGCUGAAUGCAACGCUCUAUAUGGCCGCUCUAGCGAAGAAAGCCCCUCCUUCCAGUAGAACAAUCCAAUCGUCAAUCAAUAAAUACUGACAAUUCUCUGGGCGGGGCUUGUGUGAGGCUGUUGCCAGCAUAUGCGCAGUAGCUGAAGUGACCUCAAAAAAAUGUCCUUGCAAACGUAGCAUAUUGUUACGAAGCAAGCAAGUGUUACGAAGAGAGUUCAGGAGUGUACAGGUAGCUGGCUUGAAGUGUUGUUGAGA